UAAGUUUGUGUUAGUUGUGAAAGUAUGUGCAGAAGUAUAUUAUAUGCGUAAGUCUGAAUUAAUUGUGAGUAUGGCUCGACACUACGCAAUACUUAACAAAUUUCUGAUUCCUGGAGUAUUUGCCGUUUUGCUGUCGAAAGUUUUGCUUUGUGAUGGUCGUCUUCCACAACAGAGACAGAGUGUCAAAACUUCCUUGACGUUUUCUGCAGAUGGGUGUGGUAAAACAAAAGGCUGUUUCUUUAAACCAGAAUCAUGUAAAUCUGCAGUAAACAAAUGUGAAUACUUCAUGACUUACAAACCCCAAGGAUCCACCAUUACUUUUGAAUUAAGCAGCAAUACUAAGUGGGCAGCAGUUGGAUUUAACCACAAGGCUGUUAUGGAUGGAACAGAUGCUAUUAUAUGCUCCCUUCAAAAUGGUAUCACUCAAGUUGGUCAUUAUUCAGUUAAGGGAUAUCAAACACCAAGUAGAACAACACAGAAGAUAAAAGGACUAAAAAUUGAACAACAAUCUUAUGAGGAUGGAACUAUCAAAUGCAGGUUUAGUAGAGAGAAGCAGGAUGGAGUCAUGACUUCUGACCUGAACAAUAAUUUAUUUGUUAUAUUUGCACAAGGGCCUACAGGUAAGGCAGGGACUGGUGGAUCUCUCAGGGAACACAGCUGGAAAGGUCACUCCAUGAGCCCAGUGAAUCUCGAGGAAAUUCAAAGCCUUGAAGCAUCAGUCUAUGAUUUCUCCCUACUUCAAAUCCAUGCAGUGUUGAUGGUGAUUGCCUGGGUGGGGUUUGCCACCAUAGGGAUGUUUAUAGCAAGAUACAUGAAGCCAGUCUGGGGUGAAAAGGAUCUGUGUGGCAACAGGCUCUGGUUUCAGGUGCACCGUGCUAUCAUGGUUAUCACAGGCUUAUUAACUGUAAUAGGAGUAACUCUAGCCUUCAUUUAUGUUGGUGGAUGGUCUAAGGAUGCUGGUGCUCAUCCUGUCAUUGGCAUUAUUGUACUGUCAAUAACUAUCAUACAGCCAAUUGCAGCAACUCUCAGACCUCCUCCAUAUGGAGAAAGACGAUGGAUGUUCAACUGGGCACAUAGAAGUUUUGGAUUGAUUGCCUUAGCAUUAUCAGUGAUAAAUAUAUUCCUGGGUUCUGUACUACCAGCCUUCCAUCUGGAAAGUUCUGCAGUGUAUGUGAUGAUCAUCUAUCUACUAGUGCUUGCAGCAGUGGCGAUGUUUGAAAUCUACUUGGCUUGCAAACAAGGAAAAAGUGUUAGAGAGUAUUGUGUGCUUUCUAAACCUCAAGAAGAUGAAGUUGACCUUACUCCAGUUUCAGCCAGUGGAACUGAAAUUGAUGUUGAGAAGGUAUUCAAGCUACACACCAUUAUGUUUGGAGUUCUGAUUUUGGCUCUAAGUAUUAUUUGUGUGGCCAUGCUGUUACUGAUCACUAUGCAUGUGGAAGCUGAUGAUAACUGAAUAGCUACUUUGGCUCUGUUUAAUGUGGAGUACCAAAACCUUCCACAGAAAACUGUUUUAAACUGUUAACUUAGACCUAAAGUGCAAUGCCAGUUUUAAAAAAAACAUACAAGUGUUCACUCCUGAGCACGUUGAAGGGUAAUAAGAUUACAUUUCCUGAGACAUAAGUUGUAGGAUUGUUACAUUAAUACAAUCUGAGAGUUUUCUUUGGAAAAAAAGAAAGUCAUUUCCAAUUUGGAUUGAAACAGUUCCCCUUAUUCUGGGGUGUUUCCUAACUAAAGGUUACAAAGAUACAGUGUUAUUACAUGUAGUUUGCAUGCUGCAUUCUGUAGGUUACUCAGGGUUCAGUUAUUUUAAGAAUUUAUCUUUUUUAUCUAAUAUACAGCUAAUUAAGUUUACUUUAUCAUUAUGAUAGUACAAAUUGCAUAAAGAAUGCAAAAAUUGCCAGUGUUACUAGUUUGUUUUAACUUCAGUAUUGUCUUUAUUUUAAUUAGUUGAUUCUGCUCUUAAUUAGUUCUGUUUCAAAGUCAAUGUACUGUACCUCACUUUUACUU